GCCCUUUUUUUUUUUUAUAAGAUCACACCUCAUCUGUCCUCAUCAGUGUUUCCAGAUAUGAAAUAUAUACAGUAGUCAUAGGUCUUAUUAAAAGCUGCCAGAAACCUAUACAAACUGACACCAACUGUCCACCAACUGUGCACAAAAAAAUUAGUCCCCCCCCCCCCCCUCCAUGGUGAUUCAAAAGGGGUGGAGUUUCUCCAAAGCCUGUAUAAAAGUCAAUGCCUUCUUCCUGUAUUUCAAACCAGCAAAAAACUGUUUUAUUCAAGAAUCUCAUUUUGGAACUUACUCUACUUUGAAGAUUUACAGUAAAUUGUGAUGGCAUCUCUAACAAAUAGAAAAAUACCUUUAAGCUUAAUUCAUCCACAUUAUCUGCACACAAACUCCACUAGCCACAUUUGGCCUUUCAGUGCUGUAGCAGGACUGAUCGACAAUGCUUAUGACCCAGAUGUCAGUGCUAAACAAUUUUGGAUUAGUAAGACUAUGAUUCAAGACCAGGCCUGCCUCGUCUUUAUGGAUAACGGAAAAGGCAUGGAUUAUGACAAGAUGUACAAAAUGCUCAGUUUUGGCUUCAAUGAUAAGCAGACUGUGGGACGCCAUAUUCCAGUAGGCCAGUACGGUAAUAGUUUUAAGUCAGGCUCCAUGCGCUUGGGGAAGGAUGCCCUUGUGUUCUCACAGAAAGCCAACACCAUGUGUGUGGGUCUCCUAUCACAGACUUAUCAUGAGAAGAUAAAAGCAGAGCAUAUCAUAGUGCCUAUUGUUAAGUUCACUGUCACUGGAGAGAAUGAUGUCAGUGUCGCACCAGAGUAUGAGGAGUGUCUUCAUGAUAUCCUCAAAUAUUCGCUGUUUAACACCAAGGAAGACCUGCUGUACGAGUUCAGUGCCAUAAAUUGGUUAAGCAACAAAUCAAAAAGUGGAACCCGCAUCAUCGUCUGGAACCUACGCAGAACAUCCUUAGGAGAAUUGGAAUUAGACUUUAAAAAGGACCGCUAUGACUUCCAGAUUCUCACUGAUGUGUACGGGGGCAUCAAGGAAACAAAUAAGCAGCAGGCAAGGCCUGCCGUGCAAGUGCCUAAGAUUAAAUAUUCAUUGCGGGCAUACUGUAGUAUCCUAUAUCUGAAGCCAAAAAUGCAGAUCAUCAUUCAAGGGCAGAAGGUGGAAACUCAGUAUGUCACUAAAAAUCUAGAACUGGUCUUCAAGGACACUUACAAGCCUGUGUGUAAUCCUCCCCUUAAAAAGCCAAUAAAAAUCACAUUUGGCUACAGCACAAAGUCCGGUGAGCCCUAUGGCAUCAUGAUGUACCACAAAAACCGUCUCAUCAGAGCCUAUGAUCGUGUCGGCUGUCAGCGCAGGAUCAACAGCACAGGAGUGGGAGUUAUUGGAGUGAUCGAGUGUAACCACCUUACACCAACUCACAACAUGCAGGACUUUGACAAUACAGAUGAGUACAGGAGAACCAUGCUGGAUUUGGGUACUAAGCUUGAGGAUUAUUGGAAGGAAACCUGGUAUAGAUUUAAGCAAAACGUGAACCGCACUGAACCCUUCGAGGAUUUUUCGACUCGGAAGCCAGAUCAAACCUGGAUUCAGUGUUAUGAAUGCUUGAAGUGGCGAAAACUUCCUGAUGGUGUUGGCGAACUACAUAAAAAGUGGUUCUGCAAAAUGAACCCUGACAACCAAUUCAGGAGUUGUGAAGCUGAAGAAGAGCCUGAGGAUUCUGAUGAUGAACAACGGGGAUACCAGAAAACCUACAGACAGGAAAUAAAAGUUGAAGAAGUAGAGGCUGAUUCUGAUGAUGAACAAUGUGAAUACCUGAAAACCUACAAACAGAAUGAGAAAUAUCAGAUGAUACAAGAAGAGAAGACAAACAGUGAACAGAAAUCGAGACUCAUCAGACCAGGCAACAUUUUUCCAGUCUUCAACUGUCCAAUUUUGAGGUAUUCUAGUCGUAAUUUAUCCUGCCAAACAUCAUCCAGCUCUGACAUAAUUUCCUCUUCUCAACCAGUAACUGGCUCCAAACUUCCUGAUAUCAUUUUUGUUGACAGUCAGAACACUCUUGUUCUUCCUACUCCAACAAGGAUGAAGAGAGUCCUGGACCAAAAUCAAGAGAGCCCAGCUAAAAAGAAAGCUAGAGGAAAGAAUGUUGGUACUGUACAACACAGUUUGUCAAUAACCAGAGCCUUUACUGAGGCUUAUUUUGCUUCAUCCGUGGGUCUGACUGAUAGUGGUAAUGAAGCACAAAUUAAGGAAUUUGGAAUAUCACAAAUGGAGGAUGUAAAUAAUGAUAUUGAGAAGAGAAUAGCAAAGAAGGAACAGAGCAAUGAAUUCAUAAGCAUCAGUACUGAAGAUGAGCAAACUUACAAAGAUCAGUAUCUGAAGGCCAUGGAGAAGAUAAAGCAGCUCCAAAAUGAGGUGGGCAGUCUAAGAAAUAUGAAGUGCACAUUGUUGACCAGCUGUGAAAGCCUGCAGAAAGAUUUAGAGGGGAUGAAGAAAAACAUUGAAAAGUUGAAGGCAAGUGUAGAAAAUCCAGGGGUCCGGACAGAUUUUCCAUCUUCCCAUGUAGAAAGUACAGCAACUGUAGCAGACGUUUCCACCUUCGAAAGAGGAAGUGACUCACAGCAGCAUGAGACACAUGACAAAUCAGAGAUAGAACAAGAAAAGAGUACAAUAAAGUUAUACAGCCUCAGAUUAAAAGAACUCAGACAGAAAGUGGCCCGUCUCCUGGUCACCUUCAUCCCUGCACUGGACCUGCAGCAGGUUAAUUAUGAUUGCGAAGUCAUAGAUGAGAUUCUCACUCAGGUUAUAGAAGAGAAAGACGCAGCCUCUUCAUAAAAACAGUGGUGAUGAAAAGAGCACAAUUUCUUAAACCACAUUAAACUUUUGGUUACUUAAUGCAAAAUUACCUAACUCAAAAGUAUUUCAUGUACCUGACUUAAAGACUGUAUAGUUAGUGGCGGUUAUAAUGCUUUAUAACGUACUGAAAUACCCAUUGCUGAUGGGAAAAAGAGUUUGUAGAAAUAGCUAAAAGUUUCGAACUAAAAAUAAGCUGAUCUGCUUAAAUUUAAUUGCAAAUCCAAUGGUUAAAAAAUUAUCUUGUCAAAAGCGAGCAUAUUGAAGGUAUUGGGCAGUGGGAUGUCCCAUACAAUAAAAUAACAAAAGUCAUUAACAUGUAAUUCCUAUGGAGACUCAGAAACAGACUAAAGAUAAGAAGAAAACAAAAGGGUUUUAUCAAGCCAUAGAAGGUACUACCAAAUAAGGAAGGAGAAAGUACAGCAAGGAGGCUGUUUUACAGUAUGGACAUAUGACGAAGAACUAAAAGAUAUGGAAGAUACAGUAUAGAGGAAGGCGAAUGUUCACAAAGUUCACAGUGUCAGCAAACCCUAUAGCCUUAACAUAUUUGUAUUUUGCAACAUUCUUUAUUUGGCCUUUUAUACUGUAGCUAGCAGUUGCAUAUUGCAUAUUCAUUUUGGCAAUCCCAUGAAUCAGAGGUGAUCAUUUUCUCAUGAGAAAGACAUAAGCCUUCACUUACCCUAGUUAGAAAAUCAGUGUGCCCAUUUUUUGGUAUUGGCAAGCAAUCAAUUUGUAUAUCAGAACAUAACUCGUCAGCAAUAUAACAUUAUUAUACUAUCAUUUAAUUAUGAAAUACAGUAAAAUUAUACAAUGACAAUACAGUAUUCUUACUAUUAUUGGUAAUGUUACAUCCUACUUAUGUACUAUGUAUACUUUUUCAUUAUUAUACUGUGUUUUUUUUUUUUACUUUGGUACUUUGAGGUUUUGGAAUCAAUGUGUUUUCCACAAAUGGAUGACUUGGCAACAAAGAUUUUGAUUUUACAAAUAUUAAAUAAAAUAAACUUUCUCUUUUUAUUGUGUACUAAAAUUAGCCAUUGGUUGUUUUUUUAUGUUGAUUAUUAGACAUCUUUCUGAUCUGUUUAUUCUCUUUUUAUUUUUUUUUACAAGAUAAAAAAUCAUCUUAUAUAUUUUAUAUGAACUUUGCCAUAAAUGAUUAUACUACAUAUGCAUCUUGUUAAUUUUAAUUUUGAGAAAUUGCCCUAUCAAAUAAAAAACAUUUUGAUACUACGCAAAGAAAAAAAAAAGAGUGUAAAAAAAAAAAAAAACGAUUUAAAAAACUUUGUGCAUGCCAUCUUUUUGUUUAAUUUCUGAGUUUGCAGUGUUUGCACAUCGAUAUGUAUACAGUCGUGGCCAAAAGUUUUGAGAAUGAA